GCGCUGCCUGGGCCGCUCGCCCCGCCCUCCGAGCGCGGCCUCGUCGCCGCCGGGCUGCUCUUCAGCAUCGUGUUCGCCGCGCUGGUGCAGGGCGCGCUCGUCGACCUCGUCGCCAACCCGCGCCGCCGCCCGGACAUCGACACGCUGCAGCAGCUGGACGAGUCGCAGCUCCCAAUCGCCACGUCGGACGACGAGUUUCUGGACACCUUCAGCGGGCCCGACUCCGCGCUGUGGCAGCGGCUGGCGCGCCGCUUGUUCCUGUAUUCUCCGCCUGACGGCCCCUCGGCUCCCGCGCCAACCACCCCCACACCCUCCACCACCACUGCGGGCGCUGACCAUUGCGCGGGGGUGGCGAGCGACGCGGAGUACACGGGGGACUUCGUGCGGCGCGUGGCGGCCGGGCGCUGCGCGGCGCUGCUGAGCGAGGUGGCUGCGCGCCGCACGCUGCGCGCGGACGCGGCGCUGGCCGCCCGCCUGCACCUGGCCGCCGCCUGCCCGCGCGUCUACUUCGAGGCGUACGCCACGCCCUUCGCCUCCCCGCUGCGCCGCCCCGUCGGCCGCGUCGUGGCGCGCGCGCUCGAGGCCGGCCUGCUCGCCAAG